UUUCGAACUCUAACGGUCCUACAUUUCCACUGCUCUCAUCUGUAACUCAAAAGAACCUCAGAAAUUUUUUCUCCCUUCAAAUCAAACUCUAUCCAUCUCUUCAAUGGCAAAGCCCAAAAGCAAGAAUUAUUCUUCAGAAAGGAAGAAUUGGAACAAUGUGUUCAACCUUUUAGUUAAAAUGUUGAAAUCACAGCAGACACAGCUUGAAUAUCUUGCCAAAGACCGAAAAAUUCUUGAAGAUCGGAUAAAGUUACUGCACGGUCGAUGGGUAAAUGAUGGUUAUAGCUAUCAAGAACAAAUUUUCCAGAUGAAGCAGGAUUUUAUAGUUCAGGAGAUGGAGCACAUUGUUGAGGUAGCGAAAGCAGAGCGUCAUGUUGUUUCGAAGAAACGGGAUGCUGUUAUGUACAAAAAGAAGUUUGAAGAUGCAGAUAGUCUACUGGCAGACUUCAGAGAAUUGCUUGACUACCACUCUCAUAAAUGCUCAGAGCCAAAUGAUGUACCAAGGACUGCUACUAAUGAAAAAGCAGAGACAAGAAACAAGGCAUGGGAAGAUGAGGUGAGAAGGCUGAGAACUGAAAAUGAGAGGCUCACCUCAGAGAAAAAUUCAGAGAUUUCUGCCCUCUUGGCAGAGAAGAAUUUCAUUUGGAACCAAUAUAACAAACUGGAGCAUGACAUGAAUGAGCAAUUGAGGAGCAAACAUACUGAAAUUGAGCUUGGAAAUGAGAAAAUACAUGCUUUUAUGAGGAACAUUAAGGAACUACAAUCAUCCAACACUGAUAAGGAUAAUACAAUUGCUACGUUAAGAACUGAAAUUGCCAAACUGGAAUCUGACCUCGUCAAAAAGAGUGAAGAGCUAUUCAAACUUUCCAGAGAACUAGAGUUGCUAAAGAAGUCCGGAAGUGCCUCCGUCACUCCUGUGUUGCUUCGAUCCACAUCCGCAUCAGGACCUCCGAAGCGCAGAACGGAUCGGAAGACUGUAACUUUCAAGGAAGAACCGCAAUCUUCACAAGCUCUUGAAAAGAGAAGUUCAAAACGAAAAGCUGGUGAUAGUAUCUCAGGUGCUCCAAAACUAUUCACAUCCUCAUUUAAGGUACCUAAAUUAAAAACUUCAUCUCCUCUUGUGAUAUGACCUCGUCAACUGAGCUUCAAGUUGUAACUAUAUAUUAGAUGAGUAGAUUUUUGGUAUAUAUGUUUGUUUGGGAUCUUGGUCAUCUGUAUUUUGACCCUUGUAUUAUUAUUCCUUUUUUUUUUUUUUUAAGUUUUCAAAGGUAUGUAAUAGUAAAAAUUAUACUACGUUACUUGUAGAUGUAACCAAUUUAGUUCAGAGGCACGUAGUUUCAGUUGCAAGUUUUUUGUUGAA